AUGACUAGUCUUAUAUCUUCAGUAGCCUGGGUACGCCGAGGGGUUGCGUCCCAGCAUCCCAAAAAGUAUGUCCUUGACGAUCAGGAGCUCGAACGCGUGAGCGCGCUCGCUCGGAUAGAGCUCGAGGAUGCGCGAAAGGAGCUAGAGAAGGCGCACAAGGCUGCGCAGUCGAUGGGCAAAGGUGCGGAGGGAGAAGAAGCAGAUGAUGCGGAUGAGGACGAUGAGAGCGCAUGGGUUGAUGAAGAUGAAAAUGCGAUGGAUGAGGAUGUACCCAUGGAUCAAGACCAAGAGCCCAAACCGCAGGGAUCAAAACCCAGCGGGGAGGACCUUUCGCAAUAUAACCUGGACGAUUAUGAUAACGAUGAGGCAAUGCCAGGAAUGGGCCCAUUCAGCAACAUCAAGGGCCUCACAUUCUAUCGGAACAACGACGAAGACCCUUUCAUCACCCUCAAAGAAGACGAAGAGGAUCAAGAACGCGAAGAGCUCGAGGUGCUCCCCACCGACAACCUCCUCGUUGUCGCCAAAACCGAAGACGAGAUCUCACAGCUUGAGAUCUUUGUCUACGAAGAGUCCGAAGAUAACCUCUACGCUCACCACGACCUCAUGCUCCCUUCCUUCCCACUCUGCCUCGAAUGGCUCGACUUCCCCCCUGUCUCCUCCCCUGCCCGCCGCGACUCUCCGAACUCAAACGGCGACCCAUUGUCGCAGUUCGGUAACUUCAUCGCCGUCGGCACGCUCGAGCCCGAGAUCGAGAUCUGGUCGCUCGACACCGUCGACGCCAUGUACCCCGACAUGGUCCUCGGGCGCCCAGACAAGACCGCGGCGCACGUCCCCGUGCCCCUUGGAACCGGGAAGAAGAAACGCAAGAAGACGAAGGCGCGCCCCGCGAGCGCAGCACACCACGUCGACGCUGUCCUCAGCCUCUCGUGGAACCGCACGCACCGGAACCUCCUCGCGAGCGCGAGCGCGGAUAAGACCGUGAAGCUGUGGGACCUGAACCGCGACCCGACGAUCACAGGGCAGGGGGCCGAUGGCGAGGGCGCAUUGAGGAGCUUUGACGUGCAUACGGAUAAGGUCCAGGCGGUGCAGUGGAACCAGGCGGAGCCGACGGUGUUGUUGACGGGGAGCUAUGAUAGGACCGUGAGGACAUUCGACUCGAGGGCGCCGGAUGCUGGCGUGGGGGCGUUCCUCGCUGCGGACGUGGAGGCAUUGCGGUGGGAUCCCUUCGAACCACAUAGCUUCUAUGUCUCGCUCGAGAACGGUCUUGUCCUGAACUUCGACGCGCGGACACUCCCUUCCGACCUGAGCUCGCCCUCUCCCGCACAGUUCACCGUAUCCGCGCACGACGGCGCGGUGUCCGCACUCGACGUCAACCCGCACGUCCGUGGGGUUAUUGCCACCGGCGGCACAGAUAAGAUCGUCAAGGUCUGGAACGUCGCCGAGGACCAAGAUAGCGGCAAAAGGCAAGUCAGUCUCGUCACCUCGCGCGACCUCGGCGUGGGCAAGGUUUUCUCGACCGCGUGGUCUCCGGAUGAUCCCCUCACCCUCGCGGCCGCGGGGUCGAAGGCGAAGCUGCAGGUCUGGGACAUCGGCGCGAACGCGGGAGCGCGGAAGGUCCUCGGGUCGAAGCUCGCGGAAGCUGGCAGGGUACUUAGGGAGAAGCAGAGCGGCGGCGUCGUUGGAGUCGCAAGCGACGACGAGGAUAGUAGUGGGACCGAUGGUGAAGACGAAGGCGAGCGUUAAGGGUUCGCGUGCUUGUGCAGCAGAUUCAUUUCAGACGGUUGGUCUCGACUUCCUUGGUCUAUUCAAUGUAUUGCUUUGUAAGGCCAGAUCCUGUAGUCUUUG